AUGCCGGAAGCACCUAUAAGACCGAGCGAACUCUACAUAUAUGACUUGCCAAGUAAAGUAUUGGACUCUCUAGAGUUACUCUACUUCGACUCCAAUACACUGGCAAACAUAGAUGUUAGUGCAUUGUCCACCAAAGAACCUGAGGUUGUGGCAGAGAAAACUGCCAACAAAGACACCGACUUCUACAAGUCUGACUUUUACAGAUACAAUUUGAAAAGAUCGCUUCAAAAUUUGCCUGCUAUAACUGAAGACGAGUUUGAAGAAUUGAUUGAAAGAACCUCGAUUGAAAGUUUAUCUGGUUCAGAUUCCGAAUCCAAUACCGAUGACGACGACGAAGAAGAAGAAGAAGAGCAGGACGAGCUGAAUCCAAGAGAGGACAGGCUUCAAACUUUAAUGAAGAGACUAGAGUUGGAAAAUGCAAACGAUGACGAAAACGAAUCAACUGUGAGCUUUUUAAACACCAAAUCAGCAUACUUAUUGUUCAAGUCACCGUAUGUGUCCUCAUCCGAGAAGGCAUACGGAAUCUACAAAUCCUUAUUCACCCAAGAACAGCUACUCAAUGCAAAUCCAAUGACAGAACUCAAGCAAUUUUCACAACUCAAGACCAAAAAGUCUGCUCUUUUCAUGAUUGGAGGUGGUCAUUUCGCAGGUGCAAUAAUAUCUCAUACCCCUAAAAACACUCGCGGUAACGCUCCAACAGCUAAGGAAUCAAUACUAGAGCAAGGAGUCAAUAUUGUCAUAUCAAAAACAUUCCAUAGGUAUACCACUAGAAGAAAACAAGGUGGGUCUCAAAGUGCAAGUGAUAAUGCUCGAGGCAAAGCCAACUCCGCUGGGUCGAGUAUAAGAAGAUAUAACGAACAGGCCUUAAUACAAGAAGUCAGAGAAUUGUUACAAGAAUGGAAAUCCCAUUUGAACGAAUGUGUUAGUAUAUUCAUACGAGCUAAUGGUGCUUCAAAUAAGAAAAUUUUGGUUGGGUAUGAAGGCGCCGUUCUUCAAAACAACGACCCUAGAAUUAGAAGUUUCCCAUUCACAACAAAAAGAGCAACCACGUCUGAAUUAAAGAGGGCUUGGGUAGAAUUAGCAUACUUGAAGGAAGUCCCCAUUCCUAAAGCCCUGUUAAAGACACCAGAAGUCAAGAGAGCCAAGAGCCCAAGCCCUGCCAAGAUUGAGAAACCAAAGGAACAAAUAAGAGCCGAAGAGGUUUCUGCAGAGUUGAUUUCAUUGUUGAAGAAACAAAAAGCACCCAAGCUCAUCAGUUUCAUUAAACAAAACAAAAUCGACGUGGAUUCAUUUCGUCUUCAACCGGAGGAUCGAUUCACACAUAGCCCAACAUUAUUGCAUUAUGCCUCAGUCAACAGUUUAAACCACAUGGUUCAAAUCCUUGUGGUUAACCUCAAGGCCAAUCCUACGGUUUUAAAUAAGGCUGGUAGAACUCCGGCUGAAGUGGCCAGUGAUGCUGAAACCAGAAAGGUGUUCCAAAUUGUCAGACAUAAACUUGGGGAAUCGUAUUGUGAUUGGAAAUUGGCCAAAGUUGGGCCAGCCAAAUCCAAAGAAGAAUUUGAUCGUGAAGAACAAGAAAAGAACGAACAGAUUAAACUUGAACAACAAAAAUUGAUUCAAGAAGAAUUGGCUAAAAAGACCGAGAUGGAAUUGCGAAAACCUAAGAUUCAAUCUUCAGGAAGCUUGGCGACUCCAGGUGCCGAUGCUCUUAAUAUGAGCGGUCUUUCAGAGCAGCAAAAGAUGAGAAUAAUGAGAGAGCAAAGAGCAAGGGCCGCUGAAGCUAGAAUGAAGAUGUUACAAGGUAAAUAG